AAACAAAAUCAGAAUUCGAUAGCAGCAAGAAGUCUAACCCAAAUAGGUUCUUCUCGAAGAUCUCCACAAUUUAUAUUUUUCUAGAAACAUUCCAUCGAAUUUUGUUUAUGUUACGUACGAGUUUGUAAAUUGCUGCAGAUGCUAGCGCCCCUGAACCCUAUCACAAAAAACACUAGAGUUCCUUUGCGAAUUUCGGCUCUUUCAAUUUGAAAUUGAGGGGUAGACGCACAAACUUCUGUUGACUAGAAGAACCUCAACGUUCAACAACCUGCCAAUUAACUGAGCAAAGAACUGAAGAAGAGAUAUGGCUACAAGACGCGUUCAUUACACUCCUCUUGCUACAGAUGAGGAUGAUAAUAUUGGUAACAGUAAUAGACCUUUUGACCCCAGAUUUGAUUAUACCCCGAAAGCCUUGGAUAAAGUUCCCUGGAAAUCCAUUGCCCUUGCACUCUUCCUGUUAUUCCUUGGAACUGGACUUCUGUUUCUUUCAUACUUUAUCUUCACCGGUCAUAUGGGAGGAGAACAGUCUCAAGCGUAUGGUCUUUUAGCCCUAGGCUUUCUUAGCUUUCUCCCAGGAUUUUAUGAGACUCGAAUUGCAUAUUAUGCAUGGCGGGGUGCCAAAGGAUACCGCUUUUCUGCCAUCCCCGACUAUUAGAGCAUUAGUGCUAUACCUUGAGAACUCUCAGUCAUGAUCAAAUUUGGUUGCUUCUUGUAUGCGUCGGCAUAGAUGGAAUAAAUUGUAGAAAACUGUAAUCAUGUUUGUUACAUAAGUAGUUGGUUAAGUAACAAAAUUUAGGAAAUUAAUGUUUUGAAGUUUUAAAGGUUAGAAAACAACUUUAAAAUGUGCCAUGAAAUUAUUCUAUUAGGCAACAGCACUGCCUAUUUGCCUGUUUUGUGCCCUUAAACGGAACCCAUUUCAAUGAGGUGGGGUCAGGUUUGUGAAGGAUAGUCUUUGGGACUAACCCUCGUUCUACAUUUUCAUGGUUUUAUAAAGAAUAUCUCAGGUUC